AUGCGAAUGCGGGGACUGAUUUGCAAAACAACAGGAUCAUCGAAGCUGGUGGCUGAAUUCUUCGAAUAUUCGAUUAACUCAAUUCUUUAUCAACGAGGUGUCUACCCAGCAGAAGAUUUCUCACCAGUCAAGAAAUAUGGCCUCAACAUGCUCAUUUCGUCCGACGACCAAGUCAGAGCAUACAUCAAAAAGAUCAUGUCACAAUUGAACAAAUGGAUGAUAGGCGGCAAGAUCUCUAAACUAGUCGUCGUUAUCACCAGCAAAGAGACUGGCGAACACGUGGAGCGAUGGCAGUUCGAUGUUCAAAUAUUCAAACAAGCUGCUGCUGGACGCAAGAAAUCAAGUACUGCCGACAAAGAAAACUCGGCUGCAGACAGAGAGAACGACGCAGCAGCAGAAGAACCAACGCAAGAAAAGACCGAGACACAGAUCCAGCAAGAAAUUCAGGCUAUAUUCCGCCAAAUCACCGCUUCGGUGACUUUUUUACCUGUCCUCGACGGGAACUGUACAUUCAACGUUCUGGUGUAUGCAGAUGCCGACUCAGAUGUACCCGUGGAAUGGGGCGACAGCGACGCAAAGGAGAUUACGAAUGGGGAGAAGGUGCAGUUGAGGAGUUUCAGUACGAACAAUCAUCGGGUGGAUACGCUGGUUAGUUAUCGGCUUGCUGAUUAG